AUGAGAAGCACAUCAACCAUUACUGCUGGGGAAUUUCAUUCAUGCUCAGAUGGAAGAAAGGAAAAUGAAAUUUCGUUUCGUAUUCGAAGCUUGAAAGAAGAACAACAACAAAGUAGAAACGAUGAUGAUGAAGAAGAAGAAGAAACAAAUCUAAACCAUCCACAAAUACAUCAGCGUCAGCCAACCAGCAGAAAAUAUAUAAAAGCAAGAUAA